AUGACUGACUGUAAAGUGUCGUUGCUCGGUGCCGAUUAUCACGAUAAAUUUGAUCCACGGAUGUACUUGCAGUUGAAAGAGCGGUAUUUAGAAGUAGAUAUGGAAUUCCAUCGACAACUGCAUUAUUCAUGCAAGCAAGGGAUGUUCAAAGGUGAACGAUUAUUGGAGCUCGGUGAAGGACCUGGUAUAUCUCGUCUUAUUGCAGCCACCACAUACUUCUCAGAGAUCGUAUUCUCUGAUUACACCGCCUCGUGUAGAGAGGAAGUGCGUAAAUGGAUUGAGAAUCGAGAAGAUGCUUAUGAUUGGUCUCGUCAUUUUAAGUUUGUCGCUGAUUUGAAAGGGAAUGGGUUAGUCACUAUGAUUCCAGAUCCAUUAGAACCCAUCACCUGUGACCCGUUUGAUGGCAUCAUCGUUGCCAGUUGUCUCGAAGCAGCGUGUCCAGAUAUUGCUUCAUUUGAGAGCAGCGUGAAGGCAGUGUCUUCUAUACUGAAACCUGGAGGUGUGGUUAUUCACUGGGGACGGUUAGGUGGUAAUUUCUGCAAAGUUGGAGAUGCACAGUUCCAUGCACUCACGACAACGGAGGAAAUAGUCAGGGAAGCUUACAAACAGGCUGGAUUCACAAUGAUACACAGCGUCAACGUUGGAAAUGGUGGAGACGAUUUACAGCAUCUUGCGGAUGCAAAGAACUAUUUAUUUAUAGUGGCAAGAAAACAAAAUGUCACCCACGAUUGA